AUGUCUGAAGUACAUGGAGAUUCAGAGCUCGUUCCGCCGGGCCCUGACAUUGAUUAUCCUCUCGCUCUGACCCCAAGACAAGUCACUCUGCGAGACCGGGUUACUGUUGCAACCCUGGUCCCCUUCGCCUCCGCGGAAGAUGUACCCCGAGCGUUGAUGAAGUACCUCUCCGAUCAAUUCAACAAGGAAAUUGAAAAAGGAGAUACAUAUGCCAUGUCUGAACCCAUUCCAUUGGCUCAGUUUGGCAGGUAUUGGUUCUCCAACUUCGGUGUCGUCAUGCUUCUUGGGGAUAUCGAGAGCGCAGAACAGACCCAUAGCAUGGAUCGGGCUGGUGCGAAUUGGACCAAAGCCUGUCUUGGUGGUUUCCACAUUCGACCAAAUUACCCUGGCCGGAGCAGUCAUGUCUGUAACGGCACCUUUAUUGUCACUGAUGCCGCACGAAACAAAGGUGUAGGUAGAUUGAUGGGAGAGGCGUACCUGGAGUGGGCUCCCCGACUCGGCUAUACUUAUGCAGUUUUCAACCUGGUCUAUGAGUCUAAUGUUGCUUCGUGCCGUUUAUGGGAUUCCCUCGGCUUCAAGCGAAUUGGUCGAGUGCCGGGCGGAGGUCAAAUCAAAUCACAGCCUGGAGAGUUUGUUGAUGCGAUUAUCUACGGCAGAGGCCUGAGUCUGGACGGCGAAGAUUCCGUGUCCCAAGAUCGUUUUGAGAAGAUCCGUUAUUAUCUGAAACACGCCAAAUACCCCCGUGGGGCUGAUCGUGCUGAGAAGAGCCGAUUGCGCAGCGCGGCAACUCAUUAUAAACUGCUUGGUGGCGAAGAGGGCUCGCCUGAAAGAUUGAUGCUGAAAGAUAAGGAAGUGGUGUCUGACCCACAGCAACAAUACGAUAUUGCCCAAGAAGUUCAUCUCAAACAGCAUGCCGGAAUCAACAAAACCACUGCCGCUAUUGCGAUAAAGUUCCAUUGGGUACGGAUCAAAGAGACGGUUAAUCGCGUCAUACGGGACUGUCCACAGUGUAAGGAAACUCUGAAAGCACCUCCUAUCCCAGGAAUGAAGGAGGACGAUCGUUCACCCUCAGAAACUUUGUCUGGCAUGGAGAUGGAUAGCAGCAUGGAACCGCCCCAAAAGGAGGAACCAGUUCAGGUUUCCCAGGCGAUGGACGAAGCACCAGACGAGGCACCCAACUUCAACCCCCUUCUGCACCAACCUGCUGCAGCCGCUAUCCCUGGAACCGUUCACCCUAUGUCUGGUUUCCCAUCUAUGCCUCUUGACCCCCAGAUGAUGCAAAUACAGCAGCAGCUACGACGAUACCAGCAACAAAACCCAAUGGGCCAUUUCCCUCCGGGAACUCAUCAUGUUGAUAUGUCCAACUUCGACGAUGCAAUGCGUUAUCAUACAGCAAACAAUGCCUAUCAAUUGAUGGUUGGAGAAGCCCCCGACUUAUUUCCGCAAGACCUGCUUGGGAUGGUGAAUCCACAGGCGCACGACUUGCAGCACGACCCCGAAUUACUCAACAAAUUUGAAUAUGGAAGUCCAUCGGAAGGAAAUUAUGAUUUUACGUGA